AUGUCCCGCAGAAUGCCUUUCACGCUGGACCCGGAGCAGUUGUCCUGGGGACAGGCUUUUGCCAACAGCUGUGAGCCCGCCACGCUGCUGAAAGUCCUUGCAAAGAGCCCCCGUAGCCUAGAAACUGGAAUCAUUGAUAUCGAGGUGAAGCCUAUUCCAGAGGUCAUCAGACCGAAGGAGAAGCCUACGAAGGACUUGGGGAAUAUGAGACAUCUUCCGAACGAAGUCGUGGACAUGAUUGUCAACAAAUUGGACAUGCCUAGUGCUAUCAGUCUGUCAUACGUCAACCGCAUCGCCAAUCACUUUGUGCAGCAAAGCCCGGUUUCAUUUCUGAGGCAGUGGGCCCCCGGCAUAUCGAGGAUUCUUAAAAGGACCCAGAUCCAUAAGAACUGGAGCAUUCGUGAGCUUAAAGAAGCAGUUCUCCGUGAAAAGUGCGUGGUAUGCGGCGAUUCGUGUGUUCAACUCUACCUUCCAACGAUGGAGCGUAUCUGCCACCCAUGCGUGCACGACAACCAUGCAUAUUGGUGUCUCCCCGUGGAGCAGGCAGCCUUGAUCUUUGGCCUUGACCUACCCGAUGUCAUUAAUACUCAAAUCAUGUACCUGCCGCGGCUGAGCAAGGAUGGCGUUGAUUUUUUGGACGAUCUUGGUGCCUGGGUUGUUCCUGUUAAAUUGGCGCUGACCAAAGCCCUGCAGAGGUAUGGCACCCGCAAGGGUAUUAAGCGUGCUGUGGAGGGCAACCAAUCAGGUACUGACGAAGAAGAAGAGCAUGGUAACACCGAUGAGGAAGAAUUUGUGAUCGAAAAUGGGCAUGACAUCUAUCGCGCUGCUUCCCUGGAUAUGCCCACCUCUGUCACAAUGCGUUUUCUCGUGUCAUUGGGAAAUCAUCAUCGGCAUGCUUAUCACCAUGAAGUUACCUGUCGGGUGCCUGUCGUCAAUCGAGACAAUACGCGCAAAAUUCUUUACACGUGCCGUGGCUGCACUGCCAUGCUCACGCAUCCCAAGAUAGAAUCAAUUUCCAAUAGCCACAUGAAAAUGAUGGGGCUUGACCCUGACCUCGACAAGUCUGAGCGAUCGUUUGUGAUCUUCCGUCGCGCCUUUCGUGUGUGGACUGUGGCCGAGAUGAUGGAGCAUGUUCGAACCGAGUGCAUUGGGGGUUGGGUCCUGCUGUGUGUUGAGAGUCGGGAAGAGUAG